AUGUCAAGAAAAUGGCCGAAUGACAUACGACCAACAUUAUACGACAUUCGAUUUGUGUUGUGUGUGAACUUACUUUAUUUUGAUUACUUCCUCUUUUCAUUACUAAAAAGAUACAAUUAAUGUUUAAUAAUUUAAUCAAUACUUUUAAUUAUUCAGUAAGCUCCUGACAUUUUUAAAGUCGACACAAACUUUGUUGGUGCAUUAGUUCUGUAAGAGUUCUAUACUAUAGGUAUUGUUUUCUGUGAUAAAAAAUGAAUAUUGAGACGAAUAGGCUAAGUACGUUUACGAAUUGGCCUCCGUCAGCUCCCGUGGAUCCUAUACGGAUUGCGAAAGCCGGUUUCUUUUACACGGGAGAAGGAACAGAGGUGCAGUGUUUUAGUUGUGGUGGGAAAAUAUCUCGGUGGAACUACGGAGACCAGGUGAUGUGGAGACAUCGGCAUUUGGAGCCGAACUGCGCGUUUGUGGUGAACCCGCAGCUGUCCGGGAACGUGCCGCUGGUGCUGGGCAGAGAGUGCCCUACGACCACAGCAUCUACUGAAAUGCCGCCUGGCCGUCAGGUGCGCCCGGACUCUACCGAUGGCGAACACUACGGUCUCACUGAGGAAGAUGAGGCGUACAAAAGUGAUGCUUUACGUCUACUAUCUUUCAUAAAUUGGGAUGAUACUUCUGUGUCCCGUGAGGCACUGGUGAAUGCAGGGUUCUACCACGCUGGAGAGGGGAGGGUCCGCUGUGCAUGGUGUGGUGGACAACUACCAGUGUUGAGAAACCUGGGCUCCAUAGGAUGUCCACUCGAAAUGCACAGAAUGUACUUCCCACUUUGCACACAUGCGGCGAAUUUGGAGGCGCAGCGUGAGAAUAUGGACAAUAUGAGUAGUCUAUCGUCCCCUUCUUCCCCUCCAUCAUACACUCCACCCUUGCAGUCACCAGCCGACACCACCACUGUCAGCCGUCCUCAAUCGUCCGGCGCGGCCCACAACGAGCGGCUGCUGUCGGCGGGCGCGACGUGGCGCUCGCUGGGCGUGGUGGGCGGCGGCGCGCGGCACCCGCAGCAGGCGGCGCUGGCCGCGCGCCUCGCCACCUUCGACCGCUGGCCCGCCGACCGCGCGCAGACGCCGCGGGGACUCGCCGAGGCCGGCUUCUUCUACACUGGCACUGAUGACCAGGUCCGCUGCUUCUACUGCGACGGUGGUCUGGGCAAGUGGGAGGCGGGCGACGCGCCGUGGACGGAGCACGCGCGCUGGUUCCCGCACUGCGGCUACGUGGCGCUCGUCAAGGGCCAGCAGUUCAUCGACGCCUGCCGCACGCAUACCGCCCCAACAACAGAAAGCAGGCCGGCGACUAGAAGACCAAAUUCUCAAGUCAACUUCCCAGUCACAGAAGCUCAGGUGGAUGAAUGUAUGGAGAGUGAAGCGGCGUUGGCGGCGCUGGGGGCCGGGCUGGACGCGGCGCGAGUGCGUCGGGCGUUCGUACGGAGAUUACGAGCUACCGGGCUGCCCUUCAGCUCGUCGGAGGCCCUGAUCGACGCGGUGCUGGACGAACAGCUGAACGAGGAGGCGUGGAGCGUGUCGCCGCGCAGCCAGCGCCUCGCGAGGGAUAUCCUCGCUGAGACCUUGCGGGAGUUCGCACCCAGAUCUGGAAUAAUCCCGUCACCGCAAGAAGACAGUUCGGAUAGCAGAGUGUCUCCGUCGGAGAGUCCUUCACUAUCCCCAAUACCAGAAGCUCCUAUAAGAACUCCUCCCACUCAGAUCAAUAUAGAGCAACCAGACUCCAGUAGUAACACCUCAAAUGAUAGCAGAACUGAAGUGAAAGAAGAGGUGCCCGUGAAGAAACUGACGCUAGAAGAAGAAAAUCGGCAGCUGAAAGAAGCUAGACUGUGUAAAGUGUGCAUGGAUAGUGAGGUGAGCGUGGUGUUCCUGCCGUGCGGGCACCUGGUGUCGUGCGGCGGCUGCGGCGCGGCGCUGGCGGCGUGCCCGCUGUGCCGCGCGCCCGUGCGGGCGCUCGUGCGCGCAUACCUCGCCUGACGCACAGAAAUUGGAGACGUAGAAUCGACGAUGCGGGUCCAAUUCGAGAAAAUUCGUGGAAACACGCGGGACGUCACAGUACUGUUGCCGCCGCUAGUAGGUACUUUAUAUUAUAUGCUAACUAAAUAUACUCAGUAUCUAUGUGUAUAUAAUAUCUAUCCUAUUUAUUCUACCCACACUUAGGCCUACAUCAAAUGUAUGCUUGUCGGUGUUCGGACGAAUCCAUGAAUCUUCUACUUAAUGUUGUAUUUGGAUUGUAUGCCGUUGAUAUUUUACUUAAAAUGUACCGACAAUACCAACACGAUAACUAUUACAAAUGUCGAAGGUUUGUCGCGCCUUAACAAUACUUAAAAUAUAAAAGUAUUUCAAAUUUUGUUUAAUUUCUUAAAAUAACUUUACUCUCUUCUCUUCUCAAAUCGAUCUUCCAAAUUAACAAGGAAUUAAAAUAUAUUUAAAAUGAUUUUAAUAUAUAAAUUAUUAUACAAAUUAAAUAAAUGAAGCAACAAGUGAAAUUUGGCGAUAUUUCGAGUGUGUAUGACUCGUGUUAUGUAUUAGCAUAUUGAAUUUAGUUUAUAAUGAAAAUCCCUAAAAAUAUGUGAAGAAAAAUGAAAUGUAUUUGUGUCGAUAUUAAACUGAGGCCGCUUGACUCCUUUUAUUUCGUAAAAUAGUGUAGUCGCAACCAUAAAUAUGUAUUAAUAGUAGUAGUGACAUUCGCAUUCAUAAGUAAUUGCAUUAUAAACGUAUUUAUGUAUUACAAUCUCUAUAGUGCCUAGAAAUUGUUGGUGAAAACGGGCAACGUGGAAAGCUUCAAAUAUGCGUUUUCAUUUACAUCUCCGCUCUGGUACUACUGUACCACAGCGGAGACUGGAUGUAUCUACUGAUACAAAAACAGCGGAGGGAUAUAUCUACUAAUACAAAAGUGGAAGUUGGAGUUGGCUUCGAUUAUCGUGGCAAGUACUCGAGGUCCGUUCCUGAGUUUCGAUCUAUUUAUGCACGAAUUGUCAUCCAAAUCAGGUGAAACGGGUUAUAUGCGAAAAGGUACUGAAAAGUAUCGGCGCUCGAAGGACGUACUAUAUGAUCUUGACG